CCGCAACCUCUACCACCAAACAGAGCUCCAACUCGACCACAACAAACUCACAUCAUGGCAGACACACUACCAGUCAAGGUCACAUACUGCGGAGUAUGCACACUACCUCCAGAAUACUGCGAAUUCGGCGGCACAACCAAGAAGUGUGAGGAAUGGCUGGCGAGCGCGCACCCAGACAUGCACGCCAAGCUGUACUCCCAAGAAGCACUCGCGCAAAACCUCUCCUCGCUCUCCGUCGAAGCGCAAAAGCGCGCCGAAAAAGACGCCGCGAAGAAAGCCACCAAGGCGCUCACCGCCGAGAAGCGCGAGGCCGAAACGCGCGCCAGCUCGAAGAUCACAAUCAAGCGCAUCGAGCGCAACAAGCGCAAGUACGUGACCGCGGUGUCGGGCCUGGAGGCGUUUGGGCUGGAUAUCAAGAAGGUGAGCAAGGACUUUGGGAAGAAGUUUGCGACGGGCGCGAGUGUGACGAAGCUCCCCGGCGGCGGCGAGGAGAUUAUUGUGCAGGGCGAUUUGAGCGAGGAUAUUGAGGAGUUUAUUCUGGAGAAGUAUAAGGAUGUGCCCGAGGAUAAUAUUGAGUUGGUCGAGGAUAAGAAGAAGUCGAAGGGGGAGAAGGCCGCGGCGAAUGUGCCGGCGCAGUGAGGGUGUGCCAGCUAGUGUGGAGAAGGAGACUGGUGUAUGCACGCUUGGAGGUUGAUGAGAGAUUGUUCUGGGGAAACGUCACUGCAUCCAACGGCGUCAAGCACAAACAAAGAGUAGCGAACAAAUCGAUUGCUCAUUGGCAGUCUACUUCAUCUGAUUCUGCAAGAUCCGUAUCCGCGGCUCCAUCCUGACUUCCACCCAAUACCCUCUUAACACUCUA